GGCGUGCCGUGUCCGAGCAUAGCUUCUUUCUCCAAGAAAGAAAGGGAGGCUCGCGGGUCGCCACGCACUCGGGUCCACGUCUCUUUUAGCCGCCGCCGUGCCGAUCCGACGGACCGACCGACCAGAAAACCCUAGCUCGUCGCGCCGCCGCCGCCGCCGCCGCAAAAUCUUAAACCCGCACGCCCCUCCCUUGUCCCCGACCUCGCCGGCCUUGGCACCAGCCAUGGCGUUCACCGCGCGCAUGAAGGACCUCAUGAGGAAGUACGGCAAGGUGGCCCUCGGCGUCCACGUCUCCGUCUCCGUCGCCUCCGUCUCCGGUAUGUACGUCGCCAUUAACAACAACGUCGACGUCGACGCCAUCUUCCGCAAGAUCGGCAUCAGCGCCCCCGGCACCGCCGCCGCCGACGCGGCCCUCCCCGCCCCCGCCCCCGCCCCCGGCGCCGGCGACGGGGCCCUCCCGAACCCCGCCCCCUCCGUCGUCGUCGGCCAGGAGGCGCCGCGGAACCGGACCGGGGAGCUCGCGGCGUCCAGCGGCGGCGCGCUCGCGCUCGCCAUCCUCUGCAACAAGGCCCUGUUCCCCGUCAGGGUCCCCAUCACCAUCGCGCUCACGCCGCCCAUCGCCAGGCUCCUCGCCCGCUGGAAGCUCGUCAAGAGCCUCAAGCAGACCUGAGCUGUGCCUUAUUGCAAGUGCUCUGGGAGAUUGCCGCAUCCAGUCCAGGAUUCAAGGUCUACUUUCCAGGGCAUCCGCAAUGGAGCGACGCCGUAAAUUACCCCACUCUGCCGUCUGGUGCCAUUGCACUUGUUUGAUUUUUGUCAGGACAUGGUUGCAUGCACUUGCAUCAAAGUUUCAUACGCAGGAACUCUUGUUAUCCCCUGAACUCAGAGGCGGCAACUCAUUCUCUGAAUUUUGUAACUUAUACAAAAAGAGAAGUUUGAGAACGGAAUAAGCACUAUGAUGAUUAAUCCAAGUAGAUUUACUUAUGUGGCUUUUCAAGAUUGUUGAUAUCACAUUCUGUUACAGACAUUUGGUCUGUGAUGGCAUGAUUGGAAUUCAUGCACAACUCUUUAAUUUGUUAAA